AUGUCAUUGACAUUGAUCAAAGCCGUUUCUACGGCCAUCAAGAACCCGCACCUGUCCUUGUCUGAGUCGGUCUCCUAUCAACGCGAUAAAGCUCACUUUAUCUCUACUCAUCCUGCAUACCCGGAUGCAUCGCUCACCUCUCUCCGCAAACGCGAGUUCUCUCGACUGGACCGUUCGAGUUCUGUUUACCUCGACUACACUGGUGCUGCUCUGUAUGCCUCUUCGUUGGUCAAGUCGCACGCAAAAUGGCUUGGUUCUUCGAUUGCUGGAAACCCACAUUCAACCUCACCGGCUUCGCUCGCCUCUUCUCGCGCUAUGGACCAAGCUCGUGCAGCGGUGCUCGAGUUCUUCGACGCAGACCCAGAGGUGUACGAUGUGGUGUGGACGCCCAACGCCACAGGCGGCUUCCGAAUCGUUGGCGAAACGUACGAUUGGCACGACAAGACGCUGUUGAUCCCUAGAGACGCACACAACUCGUUGAACAGUCUUGCUCGACAAGCCGAGCGCGGUGGUGGAAUGUUUGAAUUUAUCGAAUUCGAUCAAGCCUCGUCGGCCGCGUCGUCGUCGCAGCAGGCAGAUUCCAUCUCGAAAGCCGCUUACCUCGAAAGGCUCUCGCAAUCCCACGCCGAGAAGCGUGCCAAAGGCAUGGUAUUUUUCACGGGUCAAUCUAACAUCACCAGCGUAAAAUUGGACCUUAGCCUCCUCCCGCUCGCCUCUUCGCUCGGAUGGCACGUCGGUCUAGACGCCGCUGCACUGGCGCCUUCCACCCGAAUCAGUCUCGGUUCCUUGCGCAACUCAGUGGAUUUCAUGGUAGUAUCCCUCUACAAGAUCUGCGGCUACCCAACCGGGCUUGGAGCACUCUUGCUCAAGAAAGACCGAUACGCGGAUCUGACCAAGAAAUCCACUUUCUACGGCGGAAACAUCAUCGGUAUCACCAUGGACAGGUUUGACUUUACGCUUGUCGAGGGUCCUGAGAGGUUCGAAGAUGGCACGGCCAACUUUUUGUGCAUGGCCAGUGUCAAGCAAGGUUUGGAGUUCGCUGCGAAAUGGAUGGACAAGGUCGGUCGGAGGAACGAGAUGUUGAUCCACUGGCUCAUUCGUGAACUGGAUGGCAUCUACUAUACCGAACAACAAGCUUGCGAGGGCAAGGGGAGCGAUCUCGAAAAGCGCUCCACCCCGGACUCGUCGGUAUCGUCUACUACUUGGCACAGUUCGGCGUCGUAUGAAAGCUCGAGGCUUGAAAAAUCGAUUCGUCACGCUUCUACGCCUGCAGUCAAGCUCGUACAGGUUGGAGGACCGAUGGCGUCGUCCACAUGUGCACGUGGAGCUACGCUCGCGCUCGUAUUCAGCUCGCGCUCUGGGCUUGCGCUCAACUAUCGCUUCGUCAUCUGGGCGGCUGCACUCGAAAACAUCUCGCUCCGCGGAGGCCCCUGCAUGUGCAACCCAGGCGCUUCUUCCGCUGUCAUGCAGCGUGGGCUCAUCACUGAUCUGCAUGCUUCUUUCAUGCUCGCAGAAGCCGAUGUCGGCAUCGUUCGUGUCAGCCUCGGCACCGCCACUAACUUCAAGGACAUGUGGAGGCUGGUCAACUUUGUCAAGAAGCUGACCGACAAACAAUGGCUCAACGAGCGCUGGGAAAGGUAUGUCGGCGAGGGCAACGCCGGGGCCAAGCUGGAAAACGAUAUUGAAGCUCUGGUCCAGAUGGCGACGCGCAAGAGAGCACAGUAA